AUGUGCUUUGCUCCAUGAUUACUGUGUGAGUGAGAGAAUGGUUGAGGUGGAGGCACUGAGCCUGCGACAGAAAAACAAGCGAGGACAAGUCUAGACUCACUUUCUGCUAUGUCCAGAUGCAAUUUGUAUAUACAAAAAGAAAUAAAAACGAUACAAUUUAAGCAGAACUAAAAUGCGGAUUUAACGGCUCCUGUCGUGGCUGUUGUUUGUCGCUGUUUUGAGUCUGUGCUGCUAACGUUUGUGCGUGUGUCGCGGUCUGUCCAUUCUCUCUGGAGUGAACACUAAGGGGGACUCCAUGAAAGAUGACAGAGGAGGUGAUUGUUGUAGCCAAGUGGGACUACACGGCCCAGCAGGAUCAGGAACUUGACAUCCGUAAAAACGAGCGUCUCUAUCUCCUGGACGACUCAAAAACCUGGUGGCGCGUUCGCAAUGCCGCCAACCAAACAGGGUAUGUGCCCUCCAACUACGUAGAACGAAAGAACAGCCUGAAGAAAGGCUCGCUGGUGAAGAACAUCAAAGACACACUAGGUUUGGGAAAAACCAAGAGGAAGACAAGCGCACGUGAUGCUUCUCCCACACCGAGCUCGGACACAGAGUGCCCCACCAAUGGCAGCGGCGGUGGUGGAGGUGGGGGAGUUGGAGCUGCAGAGAGAAUCUAUGACCUCAACAUCCCGGCUGUGGUCAAGUUUGCCUACAUGGCAGAGAGGGAGGAUGAACUGACGCUGGUCAAGGGCUCCAGGGUGAUCGUGAUGGAGAAGUGCAGCGACGGUUGGUGGAGGGGCAGCCAAGCGGGGCAGGUGGGCUGGUUCCCCUCUAACUAUGUGCACGAGGAGCUGGUCGGAAUGGAUGAUAGGGGAGAGGGAGAUUCCCCAAGGGGUUUCCACGCAGGCUCCCAGGGAACUUUGUUGGCCAACGGACGUGCAGGUGGCCGCGCCGGAGCUCUUCACGUAGUUCAGACACUCUAUCCCUUCAGCUCUGUAACAGAGGAGGAGCUGAACUUUGAGAAGGGGGAGAUCAUGGAGGUGGUGGAGAAGCCCGAGAAUGACCCAGAGUGGUGGAGAUGUAAGAACUCUCGCGGCAUCGUAGGCCUGGUACCUAAGAACUAUGUGAUGGUGCUGGAGGAGAGGCCCGCCAUGCCUUCGUCCACAUCGGGUUCCCCGCAGUACCAAACCGUAUUACCCGCCCGUUCAGGGAAGUUCUCUGGACGGGACUGGUACUACGGCAACAUCACCAGGCACCAAGCGGAGUGUAUUCUCAAUGAACGAGGGGAGGAGGGUGACUUCCUCAUACGAGACAGCGAGUCAUCACCCAGUGAUUUCUCCGUGUCGCUGAAGGCCACGGGGAAGAACAAGCACUUUAAGGUGCGUCAGUCAGACGGCGUGUACUGUAUCGGCCAGCGCAGGUUCAACUCCAUGGACGAGCUGGUGGAGCACUACAAGAAGGCCCCCAUCUUUACCAGCGAGCACGGGGAGAAGCUGUACCUGGUCAAAGCGCUGCUGUGAUUCACAUGUCCCUCACACUUACACUGGACCCCUCCUCCCCACCUACAAACACACACACACACAAAGAAACACACUCUGUCAUGCACACUUUAAAACUAUCGCCACCUCCUGACUGUCUUAACUCAAGCCUUAGCUCUGAACCCUCUGGCUGUGGCGUGUCCACAUCUAGAUCCUGGGUCUGUGUAUUUUUCUGUGACCAGAUUAAGAGGUUCUGGCUCUGCUGUCUCCUUCAGGUGCAGCCUCUCUUUCUAUCCUGGAUGUGUUGACAGACACCACAGGCCUUUAUGGAGGGUUAAGCUCUCCCUCUGAUGUCAUACAUACACCAACCCUUCGUGUACUUCCAUGCAGAUCCAGCCUCUGAGAGACCCUAUAAUCUAAUGUUGUCCUGUCAUGUGACUGAUCAUGUUUUGUUCUUGUUUUGUUUUUUUUCUAACCUAAUUUAAAUCCAUCUCACCGACUUCACAAAGUGACCAGAAUCACUCUCUUGCCUUUUUAUUCUUCCUCACAUUCAUCAUUCCUUUACACGAUGUCUCUCCCUGUUCAAAUUUAUGUCUUACAUGUUGCUCUUUCAAUGUUCUACUUGUCUCCAUCACCACAGAAAGAACCAUUAAUAACAUACUGUAGAUUGUAAAUAAUAAAAGGAUGUAGCUGUCUGUUUGCUAAAGUAAAGCUAUGGAGGAAACCUGAACUGUCACAACAAAGGUUUGUUAAUUUAUAGUAUCAGGUCAUCAUCGGUAGAGUAUAAUCUCUUUACAUUAUGUCCCCUUUACAUGAAGUUAAUACACAAACCUAUUUGGGAGACAACAACAAGAGCCUGGUGUCAGGCUACUGCAUGAAACCCAUAAGGUUUAAUCAAAAUGUAAUGUUUCCCACUGUGAUGUAUUCUUCAUGUCCUGCCUAAUGAGAUAUUUUACAGAAUAAAACAUCGUGUUUGAUUAGAGAAGUUCUGAGACUGGUAAAUGGAAUUAAAAAAAAAAAUCCAUGGGAAAUUAUUUAAUGGCAUUAAAAAAUCAAAGCCACACAUAGCUGUUAACCAAUGUAGCACGUGUGACCUCAGAAGGCCGGUCACUAUUAUUCAGGGUUUGUACGUCAGUUCAAAGAAGGGAAUACAUUUCUACAAACAAGUAAUGAUACUUUAAUAAAAUUACCCUUGAACAAUAAAUGUAGAUUUUUGCUAACAGCGAACGAGAGAAACAAUCACUGUUGGCAGAUUAGUAUGAAGUCAAUGAACCUAAAAAUGUGCAUUUACUGGAAUCAAAACUUGAACAGAAUGGAAAAAGGCCCCUUUAAUCACAUUUGUAGUGUGCUAUUAAUGCCUCUGUGCCUGCACAUGCUACUAAUCCCAGUGUACUGCAUUGUCAGACACUAAAGGAAAUGCCAAAAACCAGUUACCUACGUUUCAGUUUCUAAUAUGGGUGUACUUUCUGUACUAUGACUUACUGCCUUUGUGCCUGUACGUGUUACUAAAUUCUUGAGUAGACACCGAAGCAGAAGUAUGUUUUCUUCACUGUUCACAAGCAACCCAAACAGUCCUUCUGUGAAGACGGAACAGUAACCACAACAAAAAAGGGAAUAAAAUACAGGUUCAAAAUGUCAUCAUAGUGUUAUUAACUGUCUAUUAAUGCCUUUCUGCCUGCGCAAGACAAACACAUUACCCACCACAGCUUCAUCUUUUAGUGACUACUUGUAACCUGGUAGCUACAUCUUUUUGUUUAAUAUGAUCCCUGGCUUUAUGUCACUCCUUGACUGCACCUCCACACACACACACACAUGUAUUCAGUAGUCACGUUUAUGAAAACUACUCCAUGUGACACUAACAUAAACAGAUGGAGCAUUAAUGCAAUAGGGGGGAACUCUUGAUUUCCUGUAGAGUCUGAAUGUUAAUCAAUGUAACCAAAUGUGCCACUGUGUACCUGAUCUACGUGCUCCAGGUCUGCACUUCACUCCUUCAUACUCUGGUAUUCAUUCAUUCAUUCAUUCAUUUAUUCAUUCAUUCAUAGCUCUGUGCUCAUGCUUCAUUUUCACAUUGUGUCACGCUGAAACCUGUCCUCCAGUAUGUGUCUGCAGUUCUACGAGGACACCGACUGAUGAACGUUUAUAAGAAAACAGACAUCUCUCUUCUACCACACGAGCUAAUUCACCUGAUAUUGAUACUUUAGCUCCUGUCUGCGACUCUGCUGUUAGAAUAAAUGACUUGUAUCCAUUUGUAUUAUUUGUCAUAAAUAUGGUUAUAUCAGUUCAGAACAGAGACUUCUGCAAGAAGAAAAGUCAGUAGCACAGACAACUGUAUUAAACAUAUUAGUUAGUCAUUGAUUUAAGGCCCAUGAAGUAGACUUAACUGUGAAGAGGGCGUUGAACAACUCCACUUUCGUUGAUUUGAAAUUAUAAUGACAGAUGCAAAUGUUUGCUGAGCAUCUUCUCCCAAAGAGUCGCCUUCCAGACGUCCACACUUGACCAUAGACUGAAUGUCAGAGGUGGCCGUAGCUAUGGGAUGGCAAAAUUAAAAGAAAAGACUCGUAAUUUUGUUGUCGCUUUUUUGGUGAAAAUAAAAAUAAAGUACUAUCACAAUUUAAGUAUAUUCUGAUAAGAAAAUGAAUUGUGACUUAUGAUAAUACUGUCAAAAACAUUUUUGUUUGUAUCCAUAAACGCUAAACGCUGUCUUGAUAUAUAUACAGUACAUAUAUAUCAAUACAGAUAAACUGUUGAAUCCAAAUGCCUCCAAAAUGUUUGAGAGGCAAGAGAGCUAAAAAACUGUCCUUUUCUUAAUCUAUUCACUGUUUCCCAAAGAUUUUCAAAUCUAAUUUCAUACAAACUUUGCUGUGGUUUCCCUCCUAAGCGAUCGGUAAAAGCAUUUUUUUUAAGUCUAAGAUACAGAGAAAUGAGCCAACAAACAAAACACAUGACUGAGGUCAUGGAGGUUGGGUUCUUCAGAUGAUCAUCUUGUCCACUGGCACUUUGUUCAAACAAAUAUAAAGGGCAUGAUUAUCUACCUGGGUUGGAACAGAAAAACCCUUAAAGUCUGUACUGGGUUUUUGUAUUUAAUGUCAAAUCAGUAACAUUUCUGUCAGCUAGACUUGUUAUUUAAAUUCAGGGUUUGGGAAUCACUGCUGUAGAGAAACCAAAUAUACAGUCACCUGGUUGUCAUUGAAAAUAUUUCUAAGGCCCAAACCAAACAUUUUCCUAUUGUUUUUUUUUUAAAUCUGUGCAUUUGUUAGAAUGUACAUGUUGAUCAUGGCGUCCUCAGCUCUUAUAUGAUAUAUCUGAAUGUUACUGAGCAUCAUUAUUUAAUUCUUGUCUCCACUGUAUGUAUAUAUUCAAAGUAAGAUAAGGUGCAUAUAUGAAUCGUUCAGAUCCAACUAAGGUACUGUAUCACCGACAACAUGAUGAGAAUUGCAAUACUUUUGUUCAAUAAAAACUUUGGAAGAAUACUAAAUAUA